AUGGCGCCGGGCGUCGAGAUGGUGCGCGUCGAGCGCGCCGAGCGCGCGUACGAUCGAGAGAAAGCGCUCGGUCGAGACGCCGCGAGCGUGUUCCCGUCGCUCGCGCGCGACGGCGACGGCGCCGCCGACGGAGACGCGCGAAAAGACGACGACGACGCGACGCGCAAAAAGUUUGUCACCGAGAGCGAGCUCGAACGACUUCGCGCGCUCGGCGGGAGCGACGGCGGGGACGCGAGCGGCGCGAGCGACGCGCGAAACGACGACGCGAACGCGGGUAAACCGCUGUAUCAAAUCCUGGCCGAGCGCCGGGAAGAGAAAGAUCGCGAGUUUCAAGAGCAGUGGGCGUCGAUGAAGGUUGGGAAGAAUAAACCGCUGGACGAGGAGGAGGUGGAAUUUUUAGAUGAAAUCGAGAGCGAACGACGGGCGGCGGAGACGAAGAGGAAGCGCGAGGAAGACGGUGAGUUAGAGGCGUUUAAACGGGCGCAGCGAGGGGACGAUCAGGGAGGGAUGACGACGACGAAGGGCGACGGAGAGACGGCGACGACGAGCGCGCCGGCGGCGGUGGUGGCGAGGAAGCGACCGUCCGCGGGCGUGCGAGCGAAACCGAAGACGGCGAUCGCGAGCGAGACGAAGGAGACGGACGAUGCGAGCGAGGGGCUCGGCGGUCUUUUGGGCGAUUACGGCUCCGAUUCGGACGACGACAUCGCGGACUCGUAG